GGAUAGAGAGUACAAAACACCAUUUUUUUCCCAGUUUGGUGGGUUUCGCAGAUCAGACAAUCCACCAGUUGUUGCGGCUAAAUCCUUUAGAGAGAGAAACAGAAGAACCAACAAGAAGAAGAAGAAGAAGAAAGAUGGUGACUUUCCCUACUCUUACUUCUUCUGCUUCUUCAACUAUGGAGAUGGGAUCUUUACACUCUCUAAACUCCUCAAUAAUCUCUUCUUUUCUUAUCAUCACUUCCAACCACUCUCUUUGAUCCAUUCUCACUUCCCUCUUCUAAACAACACUUCAUUAAGUAGGACUUUGAGGAUCGCUGCAGCAUUGCAGCAUAGCUUUUGUUCGGUUUUUAAUUAAAACUCGGUGUUUGUUUGUUUAACAGUAGGACUUUGAGGAUCACUGCAGCAUUGCAGCUUAGUUUUUGUUCGGUUUUUAAUCAAAACUCGGUGUUUGUUUGUUUAACAGUAGGACUUAGGAUCACUGCAGCAUUGCAGCCUAGUUUUUGUUCGGUUUUUAAUCAAAGCUCGGUGUUUGUUUGUUUAACAGUAAGACUUUGAGGAUCACUGCAGCAUUGCAGCCUAGUUUUUGUUCGGUUUUUAAUCAAAGCUCGGUGUUUGUUUGUUUAACAGUAGGACUUUGAGGAUCACUGCAGCAUUGCAGCUUAGUUUUUGUUCGGUUUUUAAUCAAAACUCAAUGUUUGUUUGUUUAACAGUAGGACUUAGGAUCACUGCAGCAUUGCAGCCUACCUAGUAUUUGUUCGGUUUUUAAUCAAAGCUCGGUGUUUGUUUGUUUAACAGUAGGACUUUGAGGAUCACUGCAGCAUUGCAGCCUAGUUUUUGUUCAGUUUUUUGUUCUUAAAAGAAGGAAUCAUGGGUUCAAGAUUUCCAUCUCAUCAGCUCAGCAAUGGGCUCUAUGUGUCAGGCCGACCCGAGCAGCCUAAGGAAAGGACUCCCACUAUGAGCUCGGUAGCCAUGCCUUAUACUGGUGGCGAUAUAAAAAAAUCUGGAGAAUUGGGGAAAAUGUUUGAUAUCCCAAUGGAUGGUUCUAAGUCUAGGAAAUCCGGGCCUAUAAGCAAUGCACCUUCGAGGACUGGAUCGUUUGGUGGCGCUGCUUCACAUUCUGGACCAAUUACAUCUACUUCAGCUCGGGUUGUUUACACUUCGGGACCUGUAUCUUCAGGGGUUGGUUCAACCUCAGUUAAAAAGACAAAUUCUGGACCAUUGAACAAACACGGGGAACCUAUAAAGAAGUCGUCGGGGCCUCAAUCAGGUGGUGUGACUCGACAAAAUUCAGGCCCUAUUCCUGUUCUUCCAACAACAGGGCUAAUUACAUCUGGACCGAUAACUUCUGGUCCACUGAACUCGUCGGGGGCUCCUAGAAAGGUAUCGGGUCCUUUAGACUCGAUGGGAUCCAUGAAAGGACAAGGCUCCUCGGUUGUUCAUAAUCAGGCUGUUACUACUUUGAGCCAAGAUGAUGAGUAUUCAUUCAGGAGGAACUUUCCAAAGUCGAUACUAUGGUCUGUGAUUCUGUUGUUUGUAAUGGGGUUCAUAGCUGGUGGUUUCAUUCUUGGAGCUGUUCACAAUUGGAUUCUACUCAUCGUCGUUGUGGUGCUUUUCGGUGCUGUUGCUGCAUUGUUCACUUGGAAUACUUGUUGGGGAAGAAGAGCUGUCAUUAAUUUCAUUACUAGUUAUCCCGACGCUGAACUUAGAACUGCGAGAAAUGGACAACUUGUCAAAGUUUCCGGGGUUGUUACUUGUGGUAAUGUACCCCUGGAGUCAUCCUUCCGAAAAGUUCCAAGAUGUGUCUAUACAUCAACGAGUUUAUACGAGUAUCGAGGAUGGGAUUCAAAACCAGCAAAUUCCACACAUCGUCGCUUCACGUGGGGACUUAGAUCCUCGGAGAGACAUGUUGUGGACUUUUACAUAUCCGAUUUCCAAUCUGGCUUGAGAGCAUUAGUCAAGACGGGUGGCGGGGCAAGAGUGACACCUUAUGUCGAUGACUCCUUUGUUAUCGAUGUUAACCCGGGCAACGAAGACAUGUCUCCAGGUUUCGUGAGGUGGUUGACCGAGAGAAAUCUUUCGAGUGAUGACCGUACAAUGCGAUUGAAAGAAGGGUACAUCAAAGAAGGUAGCACGGUUAGCGUGAUGGGAGUUGUACAAAGAAACGAGAAUGUACUCAUGAUCGUCCCUCCACCCGAGCCGUUAACAACAGGAUGUCAAUGGGGUCAAUGUAUCUUUCCCGCCAACCUUGAAGGCGUUGUUUUGAGAUGUGAAGACACGUCCAAACACGACGUGAUACCUGUUUAGAUUUUUCGGGUUUUACAUGUUUAAACGAAAAACUUAACAAUCCUUUGCUAAUACUUGCAAUGGGCAAUCGGUUAUGGGUGGCCGUGGUGGUGGUGGUGGUGGUGGUGGAAAUGAAAAUGAGCGAGCGAGCGAGUAAGACGGUUGGAUAUCCUUAAAAAUCUUUUUCAUUUUGUUGGUUGGUGUAUAGUUUUUUUUUUUAUCUUUUUUUGUUAUUAGGAAUUCGUUUAUAUUAUUAUCUUUUUAGGUUUGAAAUGAAAGCUUUGGCAAUGGGUGUGGCUUUGAUUUAGUGAGAAAAGUUUUACCUAUUUGAGAAAAGUACAUUAUAAAAAAGAAGAAGAAGAAGAAGAAAAGUGUUAUAUAA